ACACGGAUAUCUAAAUUAGAGUUUAAACUAGGUGAAAGGUUGCGAGAGCAAGAGACUAGAACUAGCAAAGCAGUCGUUGGAAAUUCAGUUGCCAAUUCAUGAAUGGCCCAUCGCAAUCUCUGUCCAAAACUUUGAAACGCCUUUUCCCAACUGCUUCUGGACAAUGUGAGUCACUCUUACACCACUGCGCCACCGCCAAAUCCCUGCCAACCACCAAGAAACUCCACGCCCAUGUUAUAACAUUAGGCCUGCUAUCCGACCAUACCCACUUUCUCUCUUUGCUGAUCUCCGCGUACGCAAUUUGCGGCCAGGUGAAUUACGCCUGCAAACUGUUUGAUGAAUUGUCUGAUCGUACCUUGCUUUCCUACAAGGCCAUGAUAAGAAUGUACACUGAAAACGGGUUUCCUCUUGGGGCGCUCAAACUGUUCGUGGAAAUGCUCGAGUCUUGUAGAAAUUAUCCGGAUAGGUAUACGUACCCAUUUGUUAUUCGAGCUUGUGGGGAUUUGGUGUUGCUCGAUUUGGGUGUUGUGGUUCAUGGGUUGACCGUUAAAAGUGGGUUCGGGACGGGGACUUUUGUGGGGAAUUGUUUGUUGGCAAUGUAUAUGAAAUGUGGGGAUAAAGAUGGGGCUAGAAGAGUGUUUAAUGCAAUGAAGGAGAAAGGGGUGGUUUCUUGGAACACGAUGAUCAGCGGCUAUUUUAGGAAUGACAGUGCUAAAGAGGCCGUGAUGGUUUUCAGGGAAAUGGUGAAUGGUGGAGUAGAGGCUGAUUGUGCUACGGUUCUUUCGGUUUUGCCAGCUUGUGGUUAUUUGAAGAACUUGGAAGUGGGGAGAGAGGUGCAUUUAUUGGUGGAGGAGAAGUGUUUAGGGAAAAGAUUGGCAGUUCAGAAUGCUUUGAUGGACAUGUAUGUAAAAUGCGGAAGAGUGGAUGAGGCAAGUAGAGUUUUUUAUGGGAUGGUGGAGAGGGAUGUGGUGACAUGGACUACUAUGAUUAAUGGGUACAUAUUGCACGCUAAUUGGACAAGUGCAGUCGAGCUGUGUCAAAUGAUGCAGAUUGAAGGUGUGAGGCCUAAUGAGGUGACAUUGGCUUCACUUCUUGCAGCAUGCACGAAUUUGCCUGAUUUGAGGCUUGGUAGAUGUUUGCACGGUUGGGCAAUCAGGCAUAAGCUUGAAUGUGAUGUUAAUGUUGAAACUGCACUGAUCGACCUUUAUGCAAAAUGUAAUUGUGUUAAACUUAGUUUCAGGGUUUUCUCCAGGACAUCUAAAAAGAGGACUGUACCAUGGAAUGCAGUUCUCUCCGGGUGUGUUCAUAACAAGCUUGCAAGAGAAUCUUUAGAACUUUUCAAACAAAUGCUGUUAGAAGAAAUUAAACCCGAUGAUGCAACCUGGAAAAGUCUCCUUCCUGCGUAUGCCAUGGUAGCAGACCUGCAGCAGACGUUGAAUAUACAUGGUUACCUGGUAAGAGCAGGGUUUAUUUCCAAGACUGACAUCGCCACUGGUUUGGUUGAUAUAUACUCGAAGUGUGGAAGCUUAGAAUUAGCUCACAAACUCUUCGAUGGGAUCUCCAAGAAGAAUAGGGACAUUGUUUCUUGGAGUGUGAUAAUAGCUGGUUAUGGAAUGCAUGGACACGGCGAGGUUGCUCUCUCUCUUUUCAAUCAGAUGGUUCAAUCUGGGGUCGAACCUAAUGAAGUCACCUUUACUUCUGUUUUGCACGCCUGCAGCCAUGUGGGCUUGGUGGAUGAUGGCUUAAAGUUAUUUAAUUUCAUGCACAAAAAUUACCAGGAGAGUCUUCGAACUGAUCACUACACUUGCAUGGUUGAUCUUCUUGGUCGUGCUGACCGACUUGAAGAAGCUUAUGAACUGAUAAAAAGUAUGCCUUUUAAACCAAACCAUUCUGUUUGGGGUGCAUUACUCGGUGCUUGUGUGAUUCAUGAAAAUGUUGAACUGGGAGAGGUGGCUGCAAACUGGCUGUUCGAGUUAGAGCCAGAAAACACCGGAAAUUAUGUAUUAAUGGGAAACAUUUAUUCUGCACUAGGAAGGUGGACAGACGCAGAAAAUGUUAGACGUAUGAUGGAUAACAUUGGAUUAGUAAAAGCACCUGCUCACAGUGCAGUCGAGGUGAGGAACAUGUGAAUUCUCUUUGAUGAGAUUAUAUGAAAGGGUAGAGUAGACCCGAGGCUCUAAAGGAAAAUAUCACCUAUACACAUACGAAGCGGAUGCAAAUCAUUAGGGUGAAGGUUGUUAAUUAGUUCAUGGACAGAGUCAGAAAGUGAUCUGGGCCACUCAAAAAAGGAGAGAUGCAGUGGUCGAUUAGAUUGGGCUUGUAAAUUUAGUAUAUUGUGGUGGCAAUUGAUAGAAGAUUUGAUAAAUCAGAUUUGAAAGAAAUCAACAGAUCCUUUCAACAAAAUUUCAAUGCUCCACGUUGAAUAAUAGAGAACAAGAAAGCGGAGGCGUACCUUGAUCCUAAUUGUAAUUGAUUUUGAACGGAUUACAAUCUUCCAAUUGAUUCGUGAUUUUCCUUAUGAAUUCUUAAAACUCUCUGUUGAUGGUGAUGCAGAGGUUAUGGAAAAAUCACGUCAAUUGGGGACUAUGACCCUAUGAUAAAUAACUGCUAGGCAGUUACCAUC